GGGCUUUGAACUCUCAGAGUACUACUGCAGAUUUAAGGAAGUACAGCUUCCAACCACGCAGCGAGGUGCAGAUCUUUGAAGCACCUACUCGUACUAUCCUACGGGAGCACAACAAAUACGUCUUCGGAGUUAUUUUGCUUCGCCUUUCCCUUCUGCAUCUGCUUGAGAGUAGUUGAGAGGUGGUUUUUGAGAACCCAAGUUUUUCCUCUACCUCGUGGCACCUUUUGAAAGUGCGUUUCGUCUCUCCCUUUUUUUUUUGGUAGAUCUGUUCUCAUUUGAGUCGUAGGCUACCGCUCCUAAAGCGAUUCUUCUCGUUUUCUCGUAGUUGUAUCUCCAACAGUUCCUUCGUGGCCAAUCGCCCCUGCACAGCGAUGUCGUACAGCGGACAGAAGCUGAAAUUUUUUGUUGACGACUCCGACGGCUGGUUGCGCAAAAACAAAAAAGCAGCGGAUCAGUUUAUUAUGGCAGAGGACGAUGGCGAAACACGUGAGAUGUUAAGCUUAAUGACCCCGCGUGCUUUCUUCGGAAGUUUCUGGGGUGUUGUGCGGGGUCUCCCGGCUGCUGUGGCGCUUCGCGCGCAGGAAAACGAUCAUCUGCGGCUUACGUGGACCUCCGGACUGCAGCCGCUGACCUCGCACACCUUUGUACGGCAAGGCUUCGUGCACGUCGUGGAUGGAAAGCGAAUUACUAGUGCUCCCAUUAUCGGGCCGUGGCUGUCUUCGUUUUUUCAAAAGCCAGUGCAUGAGUACCUUGUAGUGCGGGAAGGCCGCGUGACCUUUCGCAGCAUCGGUUACACCUGGGAUCUAGGGAAGUAUUGA